CAACAAGAUUUAGCCUGCAUAAUUGCACUGUUUCUUCCCUCCUCAUUCUCCAUAUACAAUUAUACAAUACCCUCCUCUAUCAUAUUCAUAAUCCAAAGCCCAUUUUCCUUUUUUUUUUUUAUUCUUUUUCUUGCAAAUAAACCACAUAAAUCUUGGUUUCCACACCCCUCCCAGAAAGUUUUCUAUCUUCAUCUUCUUGUCUUCUCCCCUCACACUUUUGCAGGCAAAUCCUAAACUCGGCUUUCAUUAAACCCAACAAUAUUUGGAAAAAAAAAAAACCCAACAAUAUUCACCGUCUCUCUCACACUGUACCUAGAUCUUACUUCUCUGUUCUUUGUCUCUCCUACACUUUUAAAAGUUCUUCUUGAUAUCUUAUCUUUUCUCACUGCUCUAAUCUAAUAGGGAUCACAAGUCACUAGAAAUGAAUAACACCCAUUUGCUAAAACUCCUUCUUGGACUAACUUCGGCUACCAUUUUCAUUAGUCUCAUACUUGUCGUCUUUCUUUACUUCAAAAGAAGGGCAGGAAAUGGCCAAAAUGACGUAGAAAGCCCUGAACUCAAGCAUAGGGAUGACACAGACAGGGAGGACUUGUUGACAUUCCAAGGUGGGCAAGACCUUACAAUCAGUGACAUUCUUGAUGCUCCAGGAGAGGUGAUAGGAAAAUCCAACUAUGGUACCUUAUACAAGGCCUUGUUGUACAGGAGCAACUGUUUGAGGCUGCUUAGGUUCUUGAGGCCAGUUUGCAUCGCAAGGGCUAAAGAUUUUGGGGAAGUGAUACAGCUGCUGGGCAGCAUUAGACAUCCUAAUUUAGUCCCUCUUUUGGGGUUCUAUGCAGGGCCAAGUGGGGAAAAGCUUCUUGUUCAUCCGUUUUUCAGACGUGGCAGUUUGGCUCAGUUCAUCAGAGAUGGAAAUGCUGAGUCUCACAAAUGGACCAUCAUUUAUAGGAUAUCUGUUGGUAUAGCCAAAGGAUUAGAUCAUCUUCACACAGGAUUACAGAAGCCUGUAAUUCAUGGGAAUCUCAAGUCAAAAAACAUACUGUUGGAUCGCAAUUACCAACCAUACAUAUCGGACUUUGGCCUACAUCUCCUUUUGAAUCCUACUGCUGGCCAGGAAAUGCUUGAAGCUUCUGCAGCUGAUGGAUACAAAGCUCCUGAGCUUAUCAAAAUGAAAGAUGCAAGUGAACAGACUGAUAUGUACAGCCUUGGGAUAAUCUUGCUCGAACUACUUUCAGGGAAGGAACCAAUCAAUGAGAAUCCAACCCCUGAUGAUGAUUUUCAUCUGCCAACUUUCAUGAGAAAUGCAGUCCUUGAUCGGAGAAUCGCAGAUUUAUACCAUCCAGACAUACUUCUCAGCAAUCACUGUCAUAAUGAAAGUCCUGUUACUGAGGAAUGUGUGCUCAAAUUCUUUCAGCUUGCCAUGGCUUGUUGUUCUCCUUCUCCUUCUCUUAGGCCAACCAUUAGGCAAAUACUGUGGAAGCUUGAAGAAAUGGGAAGAUGAUCUCAUCUGUUUUGUGGGAAGCGCUGAACUUGGUUCUGGUGGUAGUUCAUUGUGCAGUUAAUUAGGGGUUAAGUUCUUCACUUUGAUUUUCUAAAGUGGUGUUUUGAUGAUGGCAGCAGUGACUAAAAUGACAAGAUUGGCCCUGUGCAGGGAGAGCGCAAUUACUUAAUUUAACAGUAAUUGUGGAAAUUAAUGGUGAUGUAUACAUUUAAGGAGAAGGUUCCAACCAAGCCAGGGUUGAUACUGAUUUGAAGCUGAAGUUGCACGCUUCAACCAUCCAACAAGAAUAGUGCAAUUGCGAUUGACAUUGUCGGAAUUUUGGGAAUUCUUUAUUGCCAAAAAGUAUCUGCAACAAAAGAUUGUGGAUCAUAUAUGGUCCCAGCUUCGUUCUGUGCAGGCAUAUAAGGUUUAUUAGAAACAGCCAAUUAUUAACAAAGUGCCAGUGUUUCUUUCAGCUGCCUGAGAUGUACCUCUAAAAACGUUUCGGACAUUCAUGAAAGAUAAAACAAAAUGGGAUGAUUCAGCAUUUGGAUUGUUGUUUGUUCUCACUUAAUAAGGCCAAACAGGCGAGUUGCCAAACCUCCCUGGCAUCCUAUGUCAUCUUCCUCUUGACCUUGCAGUGAGGUAAUUCUGCAGUUCUGGUUAAUGGUGCAUAAUUUUUUCUGGUGAAGCUUUUGGCAAUAGUUAAUUAGUCAUAGAACUCAAAUUGUCAAAUGUAUAUUGAACCAAAAUAGACAUGGAAAAUUAUACAAAGUAGUAUUUAAUUA